UCAAGGAAAUGAAGAACAACACAAUGGUCAGCCUCAAAAGCUUUUCAUUUCUGGUUUCCGCCAUCCUUGUCAUGUUCCAACCAAGUUUCUCCUCAGGACAAGCCACAGUGAAAGGAGGGUAUUGGUUCUCUGAUGCUGGCCCUGCGGUUUCAGACAUUGAUCCAACCUAUUUCACUCACCUCUUCUGUGCCUUUGCAGACCUUGACACCAACACCAACAAAGUCACCAUUUCUUCCUCCAAUGCACCCUUGUUCUCAACCUUCACCCAAACUCUCCAACAGAAGAACCCUUCAGUGAAAACCCUUCUAUCCAUAGGUGGUGGUGGAGGCCCUUCACUAGCAUCAGCUUUUGCUAAAAUGGCUAGCCAAGCCAGCACCCGAAAAUCCUUCAUAGACUCUUCAAUUCGUGUAGCCAGAAGCAACAACUUCCACGGUCUUGAUCUUGAUUGGGAGUACCCUUCUUCUGACACAGACAAAACCAACUUUGGUUUACUCCUUAAGGAAUGGAGUGAAGCUGUUGCUGAAGAAUCCAACAACACUGGCAACACUACAUUGUUGUUAUCUGCAGCGGUGGCUGGUUCUGAUCAGAUAUCUCCAUUGGAAUAUUACCCAGUUGAAGAAAUUGCAAAUUACUUGGACUGGGCCAACGUGAUGGUCUAUGACCUUUUCACACCAAAUGGGUACCCAACAUUGACACAACCACCUGCACCUUUGGAAAACCCACAAGGCCAAUUCAGUGGAGAUCAAGGGAUCACCAAAUGGAUUCAACUAGGAUUGCCCGCGAACCAUAUUGCACUUGGGUUGCCGUUUUAUGGCUAUUCUUGGCGUUUGGUGAAUGGUAAUGAACAUGGAUUGUUUGCUCCUGCCAAUGGUGCAACUUCUGGUGAUGGGGAUAUUGGGUAUGGAGAUAUUAAGAAAUUCAUAAGCAAUGAGAUGGCACAGACUGUGUAUAACUCCACGUUUGUCACAGAUUAUUGUUAUUCUGGGACAACGUGGAUUGGUUAUGAUGAUACUUCCAGUGUCACUGCAAAGGUCAAUUAUGCUAAAGGAAAAGGGUUGAUCGGAUAUUUUACUUGGCAUAUUGGCGCCGAUGAUGAUUCCUGGACACUUUCUAAAACUGCUUCAAAUGCUUGGGGAUCUUAAAUAUGAGGGGUCAAAGAGUCAGCUCAGAGGCUUAUGCUAUUAUAUAAUAAGGUUACCGAUGUAAUAAAAA